AUGGCUUCCCAUUUUCGCAGCGUGGCUAACGCCGCCACGGAUGAGGCGACACGACUCGUCAAGCGCAUCGCAAUCACACUCACACCCGACAGCCCACCCGGUCUCAUUGAGGCCCUCACCGUAGACCCUUGGAUCAAGUCUGGAAAGUAUGGAUUGGGGUGGACCUACUUUGCGCUGGCCCUCAUGGGCACAGUCCUAUUCAUGCGGUUCUGGCACUUCUGGCAAGACAAGAUCCGCCAAGCCAUCUACAAACAGGAGGUGGAGCAGCACUAUGCCGACCUUUACAGUACCGAUCCCGAAUACGCCCACGCAUUGAGAACCGGACAGACACAGCACUUCUUCCCCGAAGGAGAAGGUCUUGGGGAGAAGCAGUUCAAGCCAAAGGCUCACUUCUCCUCCGUCGGAUUCGUCAACGAUACCUUGGCCCUGUUCCGCUGGGUCUUCUACCGACCCAUUCCCGACUUCGUAUGGGGCAGCCACCGAUUCACCUUUUCCUCGCUCGCCGUCUUGACCUGCGGCUUCAUUGCUCUGGCCUUUGUGACACUCUACUGUUUCCUCCAACAGCCACUCUACUGGCAAAGUAUCCAAUUCGGCUCACCUCCCGUCGCCAUUCGUGCCGGCAUGAUCGCCGUGGCCCUGACUCCUUGGAUCGUCGUGACGAGCAUGAAAGCCAACAUCAUGUCGAUUCUCAUUGGCAUUGGACCUGAGCGCCUCAAUGUCUUCCACCGCUGGGCCGGAUAUCUCUGCCUGUUUCUUUCGCUGGUGCACACCGUCCCGUUCUACAUCCAGCCGGUGUGGGAUGAUGGCGGUAUGGAGGUCUUCUCGCGGCUGUUCGCCGGCGGUAGCGGUGUCAUCUACGGCACGGGUAUUGCGUGCCUGGUUCCUCUGGUUUGGCUAUGCGUUGCAUCCCUUCCCUUCAUUCGACGCAUGGCCUACGAAGUUUUCGUCAUGCUUCACGUACCCGUGGGUAUGGUGUACGUUGGGCUUUUGUUCUGGCACACCAAGAACUUCCUUGCCUCGUGGGACUACCUCUGGGCAACCAUUGCCAUUUGGGCGUUCUGCUACUUCCUGCGCCUCUUCAACCUGAACUGGACCAUGCCAUGGAGGCUGAGUUUCAUGGUGGGUGACGAAGCUGCCAUCACUCUCCUUGCUGAGAACGCGAUCAAGAUCACCAUUCCCACCCAAAUGCGGUGGAAGCCUGGCCAGUACGUCUACCUGCGCAUGCCGGGCAUCUCAUUCUUCGAUAACCACCCCUUCACCAUCGCUUCGCUAUGCAGCGAUGACUUCCCCUCCGAAUACGGCGAGCAGUACCGCGACUGCAUGCUGGUCUUCAAGCCCUAUGGUGGUUUCACCCGAAAGGUCCUCGACACAGCCAUCGAAAAGGGCCCCUUCCACACAUAUCGAGCAUUCCUGGACGGUCCUUACGGAGGCAUGCGAAGGGAUCUCGCUGCCUUUGACACUUGCAUUCUCAUCGCGGGCGGCAGCGGCAUCACGGCAUUGAUGUCUCAAUUGCUGAACCUCAUCAAGCGAAUGCGCGAUGGCAAGGCGAUCACGAAAAAGGUGGUGGUUGUAUGGGCUCUGAAGAGACUCGAGGCAAUGGACUGGUUCCGCGAGGAGUUGCGGAUCUGUCGUGAAGCCGCACCUCCUGAAAGUGUCACCUGCAAGUUCUUUGUCACAUCGGCGGUGCGCAACCGAGGCAUGAUGAUAGAUGCAGGUGACCGUGGUGCACCUCGAGCUCUAAGCCACCUGUUCCACGACAAACUUGACGGGUUUGUCGCGGGCAUCGCAUCGAAGCGCAACUCGGCGCUCAUUCAGUCCGUCGCACAAGGCGACCCACAACGGGAGCAAGAGCUUCGCGACGAGCAAGAGGACAGGAUUACCGCCCUGCCUCAACAGAAAUACCUCCAGCCUCACCAAUAUCCCCCUCCACCACCUGGACCUCCGCCAUCAAACCGCUUCUCUCCACAAGAAGAGUCGCUUCGCAGACUUGAGGGUCGCGAUUACGAUGGAGAGCAUGAUCCAGAUGCCAAGAGAGAAGACGGCGAGUUCCAUUUCCCUCGUGUCAGCAUGAAGGGUGAUCAGCCACACUUCAACUACGCGCCGCCAUCACCGCGGAAGGUGCCCGACCCCAACCCGGAAGAGACCGAAGCCCCGAUUCGACCACCGGAGCUGGUCCACCUCCGAACCAUGAACCUUCCCAACCAAAACCAAACCCGACCCACUAGCACCUUCGGCCCGCCGUCCGGCUUCGACUUUGGUUUCCCUGAAACACCGACUGAGUUCCAAAAGAACCUGAUGCGCUUUGCCUUCCCAAUUCCACAUCAGAUAGAUGGCGGCUGGAGCGUCGAGUACGGGCGUCCCGAUCUCGGCUACAUGCUCAAGGAGUGGGCGACUGGUGGCGCUGAUGGCAGAGGCAUCCUCGGCAGAAGGACAGCAGUCUUUGUCUGCGGGCCACCGGCCAUGAGAGUUGGUGUCGCAAACACUGUCGCCAGGUUACAGGCGGCGAUCUGGGGUGACGAUAUGCUUGAGGAGAUUUACUUACAUACUGAGAACUAUGCCCUAUGA